AUGGCGCAUUGGUAUCAGCAACACUUGUCAAGCGUGACUUCUGCAACGGUGGAGCGGACCAUCCAGUCCUUAAGAACCAUCAUCCGGGAACAAGCACCGGUGACAUAUGGUACUUGCUCCAUCCCAACCAAAGACUUCACCUUGUAUUACGGCAGAUCUGAUGGUGCACGGCGAAUCCACCUCCAUAAUGCUUCCCCCGCUGAAAUGGAAUUACUUUUAAGUGCAGCGGUGUCAAGGGUAAAUAACCAAGAUGUGUAUGCCGAAAAUGAUCGCAAAGCCGGGAGCCUGGACGUGGAAGAUUUUGCCACCAAUUUUAACGUGGAGCGCUCCGGUAUCCUGGCACGUAUGAAGAACGAUCUGCUGGAUCGCGAAAGCAUUGCCAAAUCGGUGGACUGCGAAUUGUACAAAUUGAGUGUAUGCGGCGAAGGUGGUUGUUUUAAAGUGCACAAGGACAGCCCAAAAAGCGCUAACAUGUUCGGAUCACUGGUAAUCGUCUUCCCUGUCCCCCACACUGGCGGUGCAGUGCUUCUUCGGCGCAGCAGCAAAUUUGAUUCCGUCCAGGAAUGGAAAUUCGACUCCGGCCGGGAACUUGCCACAGUAGCGCAGCCAUCGGUUGGAUACGCUGCUUUCUCUAGCGACGUGGAACACGAGGUGGCGUUUGUCCAGUCCGGCUACCGGGUCGCCCUGACCUACAACCUAUUCCUUAGUGGCGAUGACUAUAGCGGCAAACACACACUACCGGCAUCCAAAACUGUUGACGUACACGAGACGGCAUUUAAAGCGGAAAUGGAAAAACUGCUGGUUAAUCCCACAUUUCUACCGCACGGCGGUUGUAUUGGGUUUGGGCUUCAGCACGAAUAUCCCAUCAACAACAAGACAAAGGCCAGUGCUUUGGCCGGUUGCCUGAAGGGCAACGAUGCCGUAAUCGAACGGGUGUUCAGACACUUGGCGCUGCCGAUUCAACCGAAAAUUCACACAGCAUCCUCGAAGAAUCCUGAUUCCUAUUUAGGAGAGUUGGAAGCAUUCCAGUAUUUGACUGACAGCGUGGUAACCUGUGGCGGGUAUGAAGAUGUUGACAGCCUGUUCGCCAGGUUUUUAGGGGAGAAAGGAGUUCUACUGGCACGACUCCCGGACGGCCCUUCUGAACUCUCCGCAUAUUAUACAUAUAAAAUUAAGAAAAACGAAAUGGACAACAUUCCCAUCGUUGACGUUGAGUGGAUUACUUGUCCUACGAAAUACAACAGGAUAAGGUUUGAAUUCGCGUAUGAAAUACAUGAUGAGGACGCGUAUGAAAAAAGUGUGGGUUCGGCGCAUUUAUCUGGGUCGGUCUGCCUAAUUGCCAGAAUCGGUCCUCCUGGGAAACGCGUUUGA